GAAAUAGGAAGCAUUGAAAAUGAGUUCAGAGGGUACCAAGUCCUUGACCUGCUUUAUCCUCGUUAUUAACCUACUCAUGUAUGCCAUUGUCUUGGCUCUUGCUGCUUGGGCUCUUAAUUAUGGUAUCAAUGAAACACCCGGAGCAGUGAAAGGACUUUCAGUGCCAGCAACGAUAUUCCCAAUAUAUUACCCAAUUGGGAAUUUGGCCACUGGUUUUUUUGUAAUUUUGUCACUUUUGGCUGGUCUUGUUGGAAUAGCAUCAUCACUUUCAGGCCUUUAUAAUGUGUUGGAAUGGAAGCCAUCAAGCUUGUUAUCUGCUGCUGCUUCUUCUCUCACCGCUUGGGCUCUCACUCUCCUUGCAAUGGGGUUCGCAUGCAAGGAAAUUAGCAUUGGUUAUAGGCCUGCAAACUUGAGAGCAAUGGAGACGUUGACGAUAAUAUUAAGUGGGACACAACUUAUUUGCAUAGGAGCUAUUCAUGCAGGACUUUCAGCUGCAAAUAACCCAGUCAACCACGGUAGACAUUUUAGUCAUGUACCCCGACGAACUUUUCAAAAACCACCAAGUCAACAGGGUCAAUCCACCACUACACAUGGGUUGAAAGGAUUUUUAAAAUUUUUUUGCCCAAACCUGGUUUGAAGUGUUUUAUUUUUUAUUUUUUAUUAUUAAAUAAAAAGUCGUUUCCAAGAGGAUUUGAA